AAUCUUAACUGUUACUUGAACCUUAUUCUCCCAAUGGCUGCAUAAAGAUCCCAUGUGAGUAUAAUACUGCUAAAAUACCAACCUAAAUGUACUCUAUUUCUGGCUGAUGGACUGCAGAUUUUGCUUAAUGUUCUCAAUAUUUACUUAAAUCAAUUUUAUUUUCAAAUGAUUUGCAGAGAGUGAAUUCUGAAUCAGAUGCUGGGUCCGAGAUCCUAAAAUAGAUCCAUAUAACUUCAGACUCCGGGGACGGAAAAGUUUCAGGAACUGAGCCUGAGUCUCUAACUCAAUCUUCUGACUGUCAUAGGCGAAGGCAAAAUAGGAGUGUUAGCAAUCCUCUACAGCUUGCUGACUGGGACGUUGCUGUUUGUAAAUCUUUCUUUCUGAAAUUCAGGGAAAAGUUGUAAAGGAAAAACACAACUCUGCACAUAUCUGUGUCCAUAUGUUCCUGGUUACUUUCUUUUUAUUGGUUAUUAACCUAUUAAAUGCAUGGCUGCUUUGAUUGUACAGUAAGCACAGUAUUCCACCUGGUACAUUUUCAGGAAAAGUCUGUAGAUGCUGGAGAUCGGACUGAAGUGUUAGCCUGUAUUAUUCAGCAUUGCUGCUAAUAACUGAGAGGUACACAAUACACAGCCGCAUUAGUUUUAACGUUGUUAGUGACAUUCUCUAUAACAAAAUUUUCAACCCAAUCUUAUUCUAGAAUGUAUGGGGAGGGAAAAAAAAAAAAAAAAAAAAAAAAAGGUUUUAUUAGUAUAACCAUAUUUGACAUUGAAUGAAAAGAGAUGACAGAUACAACAAGUGAUGGUUGUCACUUGUAUUGCAAUUGUUGAUGUAAUUGUAGUUGGUUAUAGGUGCAUUUUAAACAAUGCAGGGAGAGUGAAAAUUAAAAGUGAGGGAGAGAAAAAACAAAAUGAGAAAUGUUAUUGUUUCACCUGAAAGAUGAAGUGAGAUGGAGAGCAGGCUGAUGUGAUGGAAAUAGGCUGCCAUAGGUGAUGUGAACAUCAGAGGUGAAGCAAUGGGCUCAGUAGUAGCAUAGUGAGGUGGGCAAGGUGGACAAUGAGUGCAGCAGCAGAGAACAGACAACAGGUGAGUGUGUGUGUGGGUGCUGUUACAGACAAGGAGGACAGAAGUCUGUGUCCUCAGGACCUACUGAGAUAGUACUGAGAAAAUGACUUUGAACAAAUGUUCACUGAAUGGGGAAAAAAGUGCAGCCAUUUCAUGACCAGGUUGAAAAGGUGGUGCCUUUUUGCACAUUUUGGAAGGCUGGAAGGUUUUGAUGCUUCUAGGAAGGAGCACGGUACACAAAAGAGUUUCAGUGGCAGAGAAAUACAAAACAAAAGUAUAUUCUGUUUUUCAACAAAAUUAGUUAUCAACUUUGUCAAGCAGGAAGCUCUGAGUUACCUCAAAACAAACUAGUGCAGUCAUGCGAAGUACAAUCACAUGAGCCUGGUGUUGCUCACUCAGAGCUUCCUUCUGUCUGAAUGCAGGGGGGUGAAAUGUUAACACCACUUGAUUCUUCUGGUACUCAGACUUAUUUGUCUUUCUGUGGUAUUUAUAGAGGACAUUGCACUGUGCUUCAUGCAAGCCAUACCUUUGCAGAACAAAAAUACAAAGGAUGUAAAAGGAGAAAGAAUAGGGUAAGCUGAGUUAAUCUCUGCAAUAUUAUAGAGUAUGUCAGCAGCAGAGCAAAAGUUUUGAAUGCAGGAGUGAACACCUCUAUACCAAGAUUUCUGCUUCAAGUCUAUAACAAAGCCCAUAUGCUCAGAAUUUCCCAUCACUUUUCAGACCACCUGCAGUACUUUAUUUGCUGAAGCUUAUUUGCUGGCAACCUGUGUGGAGCUGAACAGGUUGUGUGGGUGGCCACUCCUGCUCCCAGCUGUGGAGUACAACAUCCCUGCAUCCCUCCAGAGCUCCAGCAGAGUGCCUGUGACAUUCCCUUUACAAUCAAAGCACUGCAAGCCUGCAAGCACUACCAAUGUGCUAGAUUGGCCUGUCAGGAAAUACCUGUCUGCAGUACCUGCUUGACUUCAGAAGUAGCAAGUAACCUUAGUCCUUUCAUUUUUCAGACAGAAACUAUUAUUCUGAGCUUUUACUCUGAACUGCCAUGCAUUUUUGACUUAUUCUUAAGUCCUGAAGAGAGCUUGGAAACUUGUUAAAGUUUUCCAGUAGUUCUGGUUAUUCUAGUGAAAGAUAUGCUCUUGGCCUAUGACACUCCUCUUCCUUAACAGUGCUAAGUGUCAUUUAUAUAAAUGCUUACUAUGCUUUCUACUCUCUGGAAUAAAACACACACACAGAGAGAGAGAGAGAGAAAAAAAAGAAAAAAAAGUUGAAUGAUAUUUCCAGGAAAGGAUAGUGUAUGAUUUUCUUUAGACUGUAAGGGCACUAAAUCAGUGGCGGUAUUCCUGGUUGUAUGUGCUUACUGGAUAGCAUAAAGUAGGUUCUGUCCUUCCCAGGGUCCUUUAUUAUCCUCCUUAUGGCAGCAAGGACAGCAAUUAUGAGGAGUGCUACAAUCAUGCAUCGGCAGUGCAAGGAAGUCUUGUACUAAAGUCUUAUACUAAGAUGCUCCUUUCGCCUAAGAAAAUCACUAUGAUCUUUUAGAUGCAUGGGUGAAGGGAACAGAACUGAAUUCACAGUUCAUGCUGCUAAGAGAUCAACCAGAGAAAAUGUUCCAAAUCCUGACAGUGCUGUGGCUGGAAAUGCAGCUCUGUGUGGUUUCAGGUGCUGAGGAACUAUUUACAGUUGAAGUUCCUCAGCAGCUAUAUGUUGUGGAGUAUGGGAGCAAUGUGACCAUGGAAUGCAGAUUCCCUGUGAAUGGCUCAUUGAACCUGGGACUUCUGAGUGUUGUCUGGGAGCAGAAGAGGCAAGGUCAGUUGGAAUCAAGAGAGGUGUACACACUCCGCAAUGGGAAAGCACUCACUUCAUCCCAACAUCAUGAUUACAUGGGAAGAGCAGCACUGUUACGCAACGAAUUGAAAUUGGGACGUGCAAUCCUUCACAUUACCAGCGUCAAGAUCACAGAUGCGGGAUCUUACCUUUGUCUCAUUGACUACCAAGGUGCUGACUACAAGUACAUUACUUUGGAAGUAAAAGCAUCCUACAAGAUAAUAAACACACAGAAAACAAGAGAAUGGAAUGAAAACAAGUUUGCUCUUAUAUGCCAGUCAGAAGGCUUUCCGCUGGCAGAGGUAUUCUGGCAAAACGAAAAGAACUUCAGUCUCAGCGAGUCUGCAAAUACUACCUACGCACUGACUGCAGAUGGCCUCUAUAAUGUCACCAGCAUCCUGAUAAUCAACCAAAAUAUGAAUGAGAAUUACAGCUGCAUAUUCUGGAAUAAAGAACUGAAUGAAAAUACUUCAGCUGACAUUUACUCUUUAGCUUUAAUGAGUACACAGUAUGGUGGGCAAAAGUCCCUGAUCUUAUUUAUCGCCGCCACGUGUGUGAUAGUACUGGUCCUCCUCUCUGUAUUAACAAUCUUUCAAAAGAGAAAAUCAUUCAAGAACUUCCGUGCUAAAAAAGACAGGAAAGGAAAACUGAGCCCUACUGUGACAGAUGAGAACAGACACUCCUCUAACUCUCAAACAGAGACUUCAUACUUGUCAACCGUCGCUUAUUCUGGAGAAAGCAGGAAUGUGAGUCUGUGAAAGUUCAUCAUCUCACAUGCAGCAAUUUGCACUUUUUUAUCUGUUUUUGAGAACCUCAGAGAAAAGCUGCUACACCAGUUUCAGAUGAACAGAUGAACUCAUGUGGAUUUGCUGGCAGUAGAGCAAUGGACAGCUGUGCUUCUUCAGAUACAGAAUCUUGAAGUUACAAAGAAUUGUGCUGUCAUUCAGUGUGGUUUGCCACUGGGGGAAGGUUUUCUCCAGUUCUUUUGAUUCACUUUAUUCUAGAACUUACUGUGGUUCAAUGAAAUUUAGUUCAAAGAGUACUUUUAUUAACUGGUACAGUCUCAAGAUUGUUGCUUGGAUUCAAACAUCCUGAGGGAAUUUGAAUAAAAGCUAUAUAUGCUGCCCUAUAUCUAAA